AUGCAUUCCUCAAUUCUCCUGCUUCUUUCCUUUGCUUCUAUUACUACUGCAUGUCCUGGACUUUUGAACAUCUUUGGUGGAGCUGGAGGUGGAGGAUGUGGUGGAUGUGGGGGCGGCUGUGGCGGAGGAUGUGGAUGUGCACCACCACCUCCACCAUGUUGUGGAGGUGGAUGCGGAGGAUGCGGAAGAAAGAAGAGAUCCCUUCCUGAGAAACCAACUUUCGUUGGGAUUGCCGAUUCCGGUGACGAUGUGAUGUGCAACACUCCAGCGCUGAAGAAGAUCAUUUUGGAGAAUAUUCAAACCACCGCCUCGGACUCUUCCAAGGCCAUCAACACAGUUCUGGAGAGCCGCCAAAUUCAACGCUUCGUAGUUGUGUGCUCUGAAAAGCCCUUUGUCUUCACCUUCCGUGCCGACGCCGCCUACUGUGGAGCCACAAAGAAUGGGCACAACUGUCACGCAUUCGCUAUGUAAAACCUAUAAUUGAUUUGGUGUUUGUAUAUGUUUGGAACCUUGUCAGAAAUAAAAUUGAAUUCAUCUGCU